AUGACAGAGAACGACGGAAUCAAUUACCAAAGGCAAAUAGCAAAGGUAAGAGUGCAGAAUGGAAUUGUAGAGAAGCCCGAGCGAUGCAUUAGGAGCAUGAGGCGGCAGCAGGGCAUGCGUCUUGAUGACAGAUACGUUCCAUACUUGCAGAUGGCAGGGCUAUACCAUCUUGCAAGGCUGAACGACCGGUGGUUCCGGCUAGACGAGGCGCUCGACGUGGCAUACCAGCUGGGUUUGCCAGUCGAUGGCCGUUACGUGAGCGGGUGCCUGUCAGAGUUUCAUAUAUACAUCGAUGGCGGCCGUCCACCCUGGGUCUGGUUCCAGGAGUUGCUAGGAGUUAUACCUCCUCCCAGUCAGGUUCAGAAGUAUGCAGUGAACUGCACCUGGUUUCAGGAGACCUUUGGUGAGUGCCCUGAGGAUGCAGAUGAUGACACUGUUCGCCGAUAUGUCCGGGCGUACAUCAUGAUGUUGCUGGGCACGCAGCUGUUUGCGGACAAGUCUGGCAACCGGAUUCACAUUAGAUGGCUUCCAUAUGUAGCGAGGCUGGAGGAGCUGGGUACGUAUAGCUGGGGUUCGGCAGCACUGGCCUGGUUGUACCGGUGCAUGUGCAGGGUGGCAAACAGACAUGUUGUGAAGUUAGCGGGCCCGCUCCAGCUACUGCAGUCUUGGAUCUUUUGGCGGUUUCCUCAGUUUAGGCCUACAGGAUAUGAGGCCUUCAGCUGGCCUUUGGCGUCGAGGUACUAUGCUGGGCCUAUUCUUUUUCAAUAUGACUUACAGCUGUCGUGGCGUUCAGGAGCACCUUGA